CCAUCGACGGAAGGGAACCCGAACCACAACAUAUUCACCGCCAUGAAUAUUUUUACUCGGCGGUAGGGUAGAAUAACUAUUUUUUAAUUCGAUCCAUUUUGAUUGGAUUCAGAUUAAGGAAACUAAGAAAUAUGUUUCCUAUACAACCAGGUCAUGGUGGCAGCUUUGGGCAGCCCCAAGCUGGUGAGUCUUCCAUGUUUUCCUACACUCAUUUCAAAAGUGAAGAUGAUGAUUUCAGAAAUUACCAGUUAGGACUGUAUAGAUUUGGCAUGAACUAUUAUGGCCAAGGUUUGCCGCCCUCUUUCUUGGGACCGCACUUGGGCAAUGGUCAGCCCGGUCUACAUUUUCCAUUUUCACAAUUACCACAAGAUGUUCCACCUCCACCAGUAACAAACCCUAUUGGCCCACCGGAACAACCACCACCUUCAUUUGGACCAGCACCAAUAGAAAGCUUUACCACCCCCAUAACCCCAUUAGCUGAUUUUACAUCUCCACCUAGACCAAACACAGGCACAGAGGGCAGGACCAUUUCACUUAGAGCAAAUCACUUUCAAGUGCGAGUUCCUAAAGGUAUCAUCCAUCAUUAUGAGGUGAAUAUAUCACCAGAUAAAUGUCCAAGAAGAGUAAACAGAGAGAUCAUUGACACUAUGGUGACUGCUUACCAACAAAAAAUCUUCCAGGGUCAGAAGCCAGUGUUUGAUGGAAGGAAAAAUCUUUAUAGCAGAGAGGCGCUUCCCAUAGGUUCAGAAAAGGUUGAACUAGAAGUUACCUUGCCUGGGGAAGGAAGAGAUAGAGUUUUUAAAGUUGGAAUCAGAUUUGUGGGCCAGGUCAGCCUGUUUGCCCUGGAGGAGGCACUGGAGGGACGCACAAGACAAAUUCCAAUGGAUGCAAUCCAAGCGCUGGAUGUUGUCAUGAGACACUUGCCUAGUAAAACAUACACGCCAGUUGGUCGUUCCUUUUUCUCACCCCCUGAAGGCUAUGAUCAUCCUCUUGGUGGCGGUAGAGAAGUUUGGUUUGGUUUCCAUCAGUCUGUCCGGCCUUCACACUGGAAAAUGAUGCUUAAUAUUGAUGUUUCUGCCACUGCCUUUUAUAAAGAACAACCAGUUAUAGAGUUUAUGUGUGAAGUGCUUGACUUGCCAGAUAUUGGGGAGCAGAAAAGACCAUUAGCUGAUUCUCAAAGAGUUAAAUUUACCAAAGAAAUCAAAGGUCUUAAAGUUGAAAUCACACAUUGUGGAACUAUGAGACGCAAAUACAGAGUAUGCAAUGUUACUAGAAGACCUGCUCAAACUCAGUCAUUCCCUCUGCAACUCCAAUCUGGUCAAACAAUAGAAUGUACAGUAGCAAGAUAUUUUAUGGAACGUUACAAAAUGAAAUUACAACACCCUCAUCUACCCUGCUUACAAGUAGGCCAGGAACAAAAGCACACAUAUCUACCACUUGAGGUAUGCAACAUUGUUGGUGGUCAGCGCUGCAUUAAAAAACUGACUGAUAUGCAAACUUCCACUAUGAUCAAGGCUACAGCAAGAUCUGCUCCUGAUCGAGAAAAAGAAAUUAAUAACUUGGUUACCAAAGCUGACUUCAAUAAUGACGUCUACCUCAAGACGUUUGGUAUAUGUGUCAAUUACGACAUGACUGAGCUAAAAGGGCGUGUCCUGCCAGCCCCCAAGUUGCAGUAUGGUGGCCGGAUCCGUAAAGCAAAUUUCAAUGCGGACCCUUAUCUUCAAACAUUUGGCAUCAGUAUUCACACACAAAUGAUGGAUGUGACUGGCAGAGUCUUAAAUGCUCCCAAAUUGCAAUAUGGUGGAAGGACAAAAGCGCAAGCUAUUCCAAAUCAAGGUGUAUGGGAUAUGAGAGGAAAACAGUUUUAUCAAGGUAUUGAAAUCCGAGUUUGGGCCAUAGCUUGUUUUGCCCCCCAGAGAACAGUCAGAGAGGAUGCCCUAAGAAACUUUACACAGCAGCUACAGAGGAUCUCCAAUGAUGCAGGCAUGCCAAUUAUGGGUCAGCCUUGUUUUUGCAAGUACGCAACUGGACCAGAUCAAGUGGAGCCUAUGUUUCGAUAUUUGAAGAACACUUAUCAAGGGCUGCAACUCAUUGUGGUUGUUUUACCUGGCAAGACACCUGUAUAUGCUGAAGUAAAGAGAGUUGGUGACAUCUGUUUUGGUUUAGCUACCCAGUGUGUACAAGCUAAAAAUGUGAACAAAACCACCCCACAAACAUUGUCCAACCUCUGCCUUAAGAUCAACGUCAAGCUAGGAGGGGUCAACAGUAUAUUAGUGCCCAGUAUCAGGCCUCAUGUUUUCCGUGAGCCAAUCAUAUUCCUUGGUGCUGAUGUGACUCAUCCUCCAGCAGGAGACACACUGAAACCUUCUAUAGCAGCUGUUGUAGGUAGCAUGGAUGCACACCCUAGUCGAUACUCUGCCACAGUGCGUGUUCAAGAACAUAGGCAGGAGAUUAUUCGAGACCUUGCCACAAUGGUCAAGGAGCUCCUUAUCCAAUUUUAUCGCUCAACUAGAUUCAAACCCACCCGUAUCAUUUUUUAUCGUGAUGGAGUCAGUGAAGGCCAAUUUAGUACGGUGCUAAGCCAUGAACUGCGUGCAGUGAGAGAAGCAUGCAUGAAGCUUGAGGUUGACUACCAGCCUGGUAUAACAUUUAUUGUUGUACAGAAACGCCACCACACACGCCUUUUUUGUGCUGACCGUAGGGACCAAACUGGUCGCAGUGGAAACAUCCCUGCAGGGACCACUGUCGACCAGGGAAUCACCCACCCAACAGAGUUUGACUUUUAUCUCUGUUCUCAUGCUGGAAUUCAGGGCACAAGUCGUCCAUCUCAUUACCAUGUACUGUGGGAUGACAACCGCUUUGGUGCCGAUGAACUCCAGAUUCUGACAUAUCAGUUGUGCCAUACUUAUGUUCGUUGUACCCGUUCUGUAUCCAUCCCUGCUCCUGCCUACUAUGCUCAUCUGGUAGCUUUCAGAGCAAGAUACCAUCUAGUUGAAAAGGAACAUGACAGUGAUGACCUAUUUUCCAGUGGCGAAGGUAGCAGACACUCAGACAACAGCGAGGACCGUAACCCACUCUACCUGGCGCGAGCAGUGACAGUCCAUCCAGACACAUGUAGGGUGAUGUACUUCGCCUAACAGACAAGAACAUGUUUAUGUUUGUAUGAAUGUUGGGAAAUUUAAGCAAUAGAAAGAACAUUUUAGAAUUGCAUGAAUAAUUUUAUCUUAGAUUUUAUAUGCUGGUAUGAGUGCAAAAGAAAAUUGUUAAUAUAAUGAUAAAAAGACGAAUAAUUUAUUUACUCUAUUCUUAGAAAAAGUUUUUUUCAAGAAGUUAACUCUAAAGUAUUUUUUGCCUUGUUUGUAUACAAGUGCAGCAAAUGUGAGGCAAUGUAGAAUAAAGUUUUCUUUAUUAAUUUGACAUCUAUUAGACUUGCUAGUCUUGUUUGGUCACAUUCAUUGAAUCUAGUUUGUUGCUCCACUUUUUUGGUGUGUCUCUUUUUGUCCAUCUCUUUGUGACAUUUGCAAUUCUCAAUUUUGCCUUGACUCGUUAUUUUCAUUGUUGGUCUCAAUUACCACAUAUGUAGUGAAAUCAUUUUUAUCCUGUUUUAACAUGUAUGCUGUUUAAUUUUAGCUGUCAUUUACUGUAAUACUGUUGAUUUUUUUUUUGGGACAUGGAACAAUAUUUAUAUAUAUUUUUUGAAUGUUUUGCUUCCCAUGUUAGAAAUCAUUUUAUCAAGUACCAAAAAAUUCCUGAUAGUGCUGUUUUUUAAACAUGGAUAGUGAAUGAACAAUUUCUUCUUUACAUUAUAUUUCCUAACUUUUGCAUUAAAGAUCAAAAGAUUACUACACUGUCUCUUUUUCAUGAAAAUAUGAAAUCCCUUUUUAUUGCAAAACCUAAUAUAGCUAGUGAAUCACAGUACCCCUACUCCAAAGGUUUUGUAAACUCUUAGUUAUUCCAUAGUCUUUCUGUGAUUUGAUUACCAAAACUCCAUUAAGAAAACCACCAGAUUUUCUAAUCUUUUUGUAUGUAUAAUUUCUUUUUAUUAUAACAAUCAUAAGAAUGAAAUUUGUUUAUCCCAUCAAGUAAAUCCUCCCCAAUAAUUGGCAUAAAAAAAUGACCAACUUACUUGUAUUUAUUUGUAGAGCUUAUUGAUUUAAAAAACUCCAUUUCUCAAUGUUAUUUUGAGCACCAACAAAAUAUCAAUCAAAGAGAGAAGAGCAAAGUGUCAUUGGUCUAUUGUUCUUUUUCUUAACCACUUAACAAUUUUUCAAAAAAAAAUUCUUGCAUAUGAUGAUUAGAUACCAGACAUAAUCUUGUAUAUUUUUUUUUGUAUUUUAAAAGACAAAAUCAAAGUAGUAUUUGAUUUAAAAUCUCCAAAGUAUUUGAUCAAACCAUCAAGACCUUUUUAUAUUAUGGUAGUCUUUUCUAAUACUGAUGCCAAUACUGUAUAAAAACAACACUUAAGUCAAGUUUCUUCCACAUGCUUAGGAUUGUGAUCUUAAUUUUAAAAAAAAAUAACACAUUGAAAUUAUAAAAUGUAAAUUUUAUCAUUUGUAUUCUGGAUAGAAUAUCUUUUUCUUAUUGCUCUUAUUGUAGUCCAAUGCUGCUUUUUAUGUAAAAAUCAUGAAAAAUGUCUGUUUAGCGAACUUUUAAACCAUAAUUUGGAGGUGGAGAGAAUGAAGUGAAAGAAGGCUGUGACGAAAUGACACAUUAUUUAUCUUGUGUAUUGUUGGAUCAUAUUCUCUUCUGUAGUUUCUUACACAUGUUGCAUUGUAAACAAAUUAAAUCUUGAUACAUUUUAUGUUAAAAUAAGAUUUAAAAGGUACAAUAUACUGCCAUUAUUACACCAAUUUUGAGUACAGUUUUAAAAACAUGUGCAAAUGGAAAGGUUGAAUUACUUGUGCCUUCCAGUUGUAAACAGUUGCUAGUUGUUAAAUUAGGUUGUAAAUGCAACUUAGUUAAUGUGAGAUCUCACACUCUCCACAUGAGUAAGUUUUGUUGUGGCUAAUGAAGUAUGUUGUGAUUUAAGGGGCGAAUGUUGGUUUAAUAAAUGUGUUUUGUUGCUGAUCAGAAGUCGAUUGCAUCCUGUCUUAUGAUCAAACUGAUAAAAAAGCUUUUAUUUUUAAUUGUAGUCGUCUUUUUUUUUCACCGUCUUUUCUGUAAUAAACUUAUUGUUGAAAAUGA